AUAUUUGAGAAAAAUUCGCAUUGUUAAAAUCUUAAAGACCCAUUGGUGUUAUUAUAAAGUGUGUGCAAUUUAUAAUAUUAAUUACGUUAACAUUAAAGGUAUAUGGAAGACAUCUCUAACAUUUACCACCCCGAAACAAAACCGUACAUAAAGACCCUCCAAGGAUUGUUGUUGACCAUUCAAUGUUUCGGUGGAGAAGUUCCAUUUUUCUUCUUGUCCAGUAAAGAUAUAAAGCGUCAUUCUCAUCAACAUAAUAUAAUGCACGUGCUAUUACUAUAACUUUUUCACUGGUACAGAUUUUAUCCUCAAACGUGUGGGUCACAUGAAUGUGUUUUCUUCGAUGUUCUUUGCAUUCGCUGUCAGAUUCUACCUGUAUUCAAUAAUUACAAAUCCUGUUUGGAUUUUACCAGUCGAACUACUCAAUGGUUUUAUUACGCAUUUCGUACGCGGCAGAACUAGCUCCCGUCGGUGCCGAGGGAACUCUUCGAGGUAUCGUUGGAACAACUCUGGAGGAAAUAGGUGUUCCCAUCGGUAGCUUCAUUGGUGGUUAUCUGUUUUAUCAUUUCGGAAGUAUUACUUCGUACAAGUGUAUAAAUGGUUUUGCUUUAGCAGUAUGUAUUUGUCAAAUGACGAUUCAAAAAUUGAUAAAUCGUUUUUCUAAAAAUGACACUGUCAAAGAAGAAGUGUCUUGUUCUAGUUAUUUUACCGUUGAUCCUAAAUUGAGUGUUAAUGAUAAUCUUAUAUAAUACGAUAUUUUUUUCAAUCCGUAGAUUAGUUCAUUAAUGCAAAAUUCUUCUUCUAACGAUAUUUUUAUACACAUAUAAUAAUA